CUUGCGUUUUGCCAAUCUUCCUACUUUUAAACACUUUUGAUGCAUUGGCAAAGAUGCACGUCAUUCACGAAACCCAGGUCUCCUUGUCUGUGGCUGCCUCGCGAUUAGCAAUAGUGACACAAUUAUUUAUCGCGUCCACCCGCGCGCACCACACACGCGACCGCUGCCAAGUUUAAUUGCUUUAUUCUGACCGAACCCAGUACCUUCUGUGUGGUUUGGCCUUUGAAAGUGCCCUAAAUAUUUAUCAUCCCGCUAUUAAGCCGCAUGCAGUAAGGAAGGCGGUUGGCAAACACUUGUACGAAGAUCAGACGGGAGACACAGGACAGGAGAUGAACAAUUAAUAGUUUAGACAGCUUAAAUUUCGUUACUUUUGAGGCGAAUCUGCGCACGUGUCGUGGCUGUUUUGAGACACUUUCUCGAAAAACGGUGAGCAGCUCGGUCUAUUAUAGCUGAAUUGAACAACUUUUACUUAAUUUGCCUUAACGAGGCAAAAACAAACUUUUACUGUUCUGGAAAAACAAACUGUUACUUUCGGUCGUGCUCGAACUAAUGGCCUGUACUCUCUGUACGCAAGGUAAUUCGCGAUUGUCAGCAGAAGGAACCCCCUGAACUUGGCUGCGCGCCAUUAUCUUGCGAUGAGAUGGUAUCAACUACGCUACGUUGGAACUGGAGCGCAUCCAAGUUCACAUGUGCGGUCGCUUCUUCCAUUGUCACAGAGCCUGCUCGGUUCUUCUCCCAGAAAGCUCGUCAACCGUUUCGUGCGUAACUUACCUGUGCGCCAGUGCCUACUUGGACGGGAUAAUCGCGAAAUGGUUCAUUGCGUUUCGUGAUUGCUGUUGCUGAGGUUCAGAUGUCGCUUUUGGUUGAUCGUUGGGUUGCUUGGAUGUGCGCUGAUGAAAUCAAGGUUAGUCUACGGGUAGUGUUCGGAUCGAUCGGUUCGGGGUUUUUUCCGUUGGUGUCUCGGUUAGGAAAAUGGAUGAGAGUGGUUACUUGCCACUGGUAGUGUUGUGUGUAGUACUUGGGAAGAAUUCAGCACUGAACGCGGUUUAUGUGAACAACCAAAAGCUCGACCGGAUUGAGGUGGACAAGAUCAAGCUGUUGAGUCCAACGGACGCAAGUGUACACGAGGUGACGAAGAGUGACCUCAUAACGAAGGAUAACUUUACGAACCCACUUCAGUACUAUCAGUAUUUAGUGGGGAAUGACCCCGAAGGAUACGUCGACCUGCUGUGGGGCAAGAACAAAACUUAUAUGCCGUCCAUCUUCAGGACUACAACCACUUCAACAACACCAACGGAGAAUACCAUUAACUACGCAGAUGACAUGACACCCAUCUUGAACACGCUGAACAAUACAACGCCAAUGUACAAAGGGGACUAUUACAUCCCGACGACUACAGUCCGUCCGGUGAAGCAACUCAAGAAACCCAAAACUAAACCUCUGCCAGCAACAAAUCAAACAAGACUAACGAAAGAAACGCUGGAACUGCUGCGGAAGUAUUUUGCUAUCAACUGUACGUUGACACCUCUGCAAGACACAACUACGACUCCACUUCCAAAAACUGCAACCAAGAAGUCUAAACUGAAAGCUAAAACAAAGAAAGCACCAGCAACAACACUAAAGACGACAUUGAAGUCAACAACAACAACAACAAAGCCGACUGCGGAACCCCCAAUAGUAGCCAACAAGCUGCUGCAUCGAGCGAAGCCCAAGAAGAAACCUUUCCGACCCGUAGUCUACGUAGAACACCCCGUCAUGGCGACCAUCGGAGGCGUCCUCGAAAGUGUGUACAACUACAUGCAGGAUGCGAUGGUCAGCACGGAGUACAUUUCGAUCGAAGACGACGACCAGAACGGCAAAGCCAACACCAAGAAAGGCAAGAAGAUCAAGCGGGAUUCCGUCGCCGACGGCACGACGCCCUUCCCGAUCACGUCCAAGCAGUAUCAGUCGGACACGAAGCGGGUGACCAUCGCGGGAAUUCCGCUGGGAGGCGUUGGGGACAAGAACAAGCUGACGACAAACAUUCACGUGACGAGCGAGUACUCGCCGGCGACACCGGCUACGAUUCCGCUGUUGCCGAUGCAGCCGAACGUUGACAAUAAGGAUGGAAGCAGCGAGGAAAGUGGGUCGGAAGAGGGAGGGGACUAUUACGGAGGGUUCGCGAAUACGAGUUAUGAGGACGAGGAAGAGGAGGACAGUGCGGAGGGUGAGGAAAGUGAUGAGUACGCGGGUGGCAGUGAAGAAGCUGUCGGGAACCAAGCGGGAGUGGUUGUGAAUGACAAGGACUAUGACUACGAGGACGAGAAGAACGAUGUGCUGGCGAAUAGGGAACCGGUGCAGGUGAAACGGCAGAAGCAACCUGGGAGCGUUGAAGAGUAUAGUGAUGAAGAGGGGGAUGAUUACGACAGUGCAGAAGAUACGGGUGGUGGAGGUGGAUUCUUCACGGGGAUAUUUUCGUCGAUUGGACGCUUUGUGCGAUCCUUGGGAUUCGCGCCGAGAACUACGGUAGAGUACGAUGACUACGAUGAGUCACGCAGCACUACGCCACGGAUACUUGAUCUGAAGAAACGACCAACACGGAGUACGGAUCCUGGUGAACAAACGCAACUGGAGCGAGUACACGAAUCGACGGAGAAGCAGAAUCCGUGGUAUCACUACCCGCCGUACAUGUACAAUGAAAUCAACGAAGAGCCAGAGAUUCAGAUACCUGCAUCGGAGCCGAACGUUCCUCCGCAAGAAGAAGACAACAGUGACUGGUUCCAGUACAUGAUGCCGUGGGAUUUCUUCAAUCCCUGGUUACCAUGGGACGAUGCACCGCACACUCAGGUUCCGAUACAGCCGGUGGAGGUGACAAGCACUGCUGAACCCAAACCUGGCUGGUUCCCAAACCUUUUCGGAGGUGCUACAACGGAAGCUCCUGCCACUAAUCCGACGACCCCCAAGCCACUGAUUCCGUUCCUACCGGCAUCGGAUCCGCUGCAGAAACCAUCAACCUGGAUAAACGUGAUCGCUCAACACGUGUUCACGACAACUCGAACUCCAAAGACAACAACUCAAAUCCCUUCGAACACUCACAUAACGAAACCGACCAAAGUGUCCUACAGCGGGUAUCAACUGUGGCGCGUAUAUCCAAAGACCCCGGAGAACGUUCGCUACCUCGAGGACUACCGAUUCUCGCCGGAAGGCAUCAAGCUGCAGUGGUGGAAGGGACCAAGCUUGAGGGGAGCAAACGACAUCCUGGUACCUCCGCACAUGUUGGAACCGCUGGCGGAUUAUCUGCAGGAUGAAGAUAUCACAAAGGAGGUGGUCAUCCGGAACCUCGGGCAGGCGAUCCUGUACGAGAACCCCAAAAUGACGCGACGCGAGCAGAUCGAGGUGGAGGUGCUGACCGGACAUCCGUUGACGUGGUACCGGUACCAUCGGUACGGUGACAUUGUCAAAUUUAUGAACUACCUGGGGCGCAAGUUUCCGCGGAACGUGGAGCUGAUCCACAUCGGAAGAAGCUUCGAGGGGCGUCCGCUUACGGUGGUGAAGGUUGCUUGAGGGAAGCGGUCCAAGGAGGACAAGGACAACGUCAAGGGGAAGCGGAAGAAGAAGGUGAAGAAGCGCGGACAACGCAGUGCGAUAUUCGUUGAGGCUGGAGCGCAUGGCAGGGAAUGGAUCGGGCCGAGUGUGGCCACCUGGAUUUUGGACACGCUGACGAAGAUGGUUGCGAGUAAUGAUACCGAGCUGGAGAACAUGAAGGCAAUGGAUUGGUACAUCUUACCGGUGCUGAAUCCGGACGGUUACGAGUACAGUCACGAGUACGAUCGGAUGUGGCGCAAGACUCGCUCCAGACACAGCGAAGCUCAUGUUCCGGGGAUUCUGAAUUCAGCGUUGAGCUGGCUCCAGUCGCACAGUUCGCUUUCGGUCAACACCGACCAGCACUGCAUCGGAACGGAUCUCAACCGGAACUGGGACUACCGCUGGAACGAAGAGGGAGUCUCCAGGUCCGCUUGCAGUGAGCACUACGCUGGAUAUAGAGCGUUUUCCGAGCCGGAAGCGAAGGCGCUGUCAAAGUUUCUUCAAAACAGUCGUCGGAACAUUCAGAUAUUCGUGUCGCUGCAUUCGUACGGUCAGACGAUUAGCUAUCCGGGUGAGAAGCGUUCCCAAACGAAUGACGAGCAGUUUAGCAACGUGCACGAGAUGGCAACUGUAGCGGUGGAAACGCUGCGAGGUUCCGGCAGUCUUGCGGCGUACCGAGUGGACAGCCAGCACGAGAUGUCGUACGUGAGUUCCGGAACAUCGACGCAGUACGCCCGGUUUGAGGCCGGGAUCAAGUACAGCUACACAGCAGAGUUGCCGGAUACGGGAACGCAUGCUUUUCUGCUUCCACCGUCGGGAAUCGAGACCGCGGCUAGAGAUAUGCUCGAGCUGAUCAAGGGAAUGGUGGAUUAUAUUUAACCUGAUACUGUACAAUUAGUAACUUAUUGACAAUUAAAUUAUUUUAAAAAC